GCCGCGCAGCCCGCACGCGAUGCGCGCCCUCUAGCGUAUUAUGUUCCUCCCCGACCUCCCGCGAGCCUGCAUGGUGGACGACGUAGCGACGUACCUGCAAGCGCCCUCCUCGGGACAGGUGGCUACAAUAUAUUAACAACGCCCAUAUGACGAGUUCCAUCCGUUCAUAGAGGCCCUGAUGCCUUUUGUAAAGUCCUUUUCGUACACGUGGUUCAAUUUACAAGCGGCCAAAAGGAAAUAUUACAAAAAACACGAAAAACGGAUGAGUCUUGAGGAGGAGCGGCACACAAAGUAUGAACUGCAGAACGAGAAAGCAGAAGUGAAACAGAAAUGGGCUUCGCGUCUACUCGGGAAGCUGCGGAAAGAUAUAACGCAAGACUGUCGAGAGGAUUUCGUCCUCAGUAUCACGGGCAAGCGGCCAGCCGUGUGCGUGCUCUCCAACCCCGACCAGAAGGGCAAAAUGAGACGGAUAGACUGCUUGAGACAAGCUGAUAAGGUGUGGCGCUUAGACCUGGUAAUGGUGAUAUUGUUCAAAGCGAUACCGCUAGAGAGUACAGACGGGGAACGCUUAGAGAAGCACCCGGAAUGUACACAGCCGGGGCUCUGCGUCAACCCUUACCACAUCAACGUGUCCGUGCGCGAACUUGACUUAUACCUCGCGAACUUCAUCAACAGCUAUGGUAAUGGGAGCGACGGUCUACCAGAUAUACUAAGCGGAUCUCUCUCGCCACAUCCCACUAGGGACAAAGAGAAUGAACACGAGGCUAAGAACAAAGGCUAUACCCAUAAUCCAUACAACGGUGUUAUUUGCAACGAUAUCAUUUUAGCGACCGGUGUCUUCUCAUCGAAGGAACUAUGGAAGUUAUCUAAAGCGUCUAUCCUCCAAGAAACAGGAUCCGAAUCUCCGGGGGGCUCCGGGGGCAUCAAACUGGAGUCCACGUACUAUGGGUACAACAGCCCCGCGCCGCCCGCCUUCGAGCCGCCGCCCGAGCGCGCCACGCCCUCCGCCAUGCUCGUCGGCCAGUGCUUCAGUAUUCCCCACAGUUCGGCGGGUCUGAGCGCAGCACAAUCCCCCUUAGUGCCUUCCAACACCAUCUUCUACCAACAUGCGCCACCACCAACGGAUACACAUCCAACGGCGUCGGAUUCGCUGACGAACCAGCACGGCGGGAAGUACGACGGCGCGCCGCAGGACUCGCUCGGAGAUUUCGUCACGUUCGUGUGCCAGGAGCCGUCCUCGGAUGUGCAGCAGUUACAGGUUCAUAGUCUAUCAAGAAGCCCCAAGCCUUAUUUCAGCAGUUCAAUGUUACCUCCACCACCUCUGCCCCCCAUGGCGAGGCCAGUCACCAUAAUUAGAUCUACUGCGAGCGAGGUGGGUGUGGGCGUGGGUGGCGUAGGCGUGGGCGUGGGUGGCGGGUCGCCUGCGUCUCCCGAAGUGCGCUCGCCGCCCGCGUCGCCGCGCCGUCGCUCGCCGCACUACCGCGACUGUCACCCGCCCAUCUCGCACUUCAACCACUACCACGCACAGCCGCAACAGGUGUUCAGCUACGGGCCGGUGGGCGGCGCGUCCCCGCCGGGCGGGCUCGGCCUGUACGCGCCGCGCGCGCCGCCCCGCGCGCCGCACAGGUACCACAGCGGACAAUUUACAUGGAACGCUCCAUUCCCAACAUUAGAGGAAGAGUUUAAUAUAAUGACAGCGCCAACGGGACCUGACCACGUCGUGCUUUUAGACGAUGAACGCUUCUUCCAAUCUAACGUGAUCACCUCGGACACGACCGCCAUGGAUACGGGCGCCAGCGUGGGGCAGGCCGUGGGCGUGGACGCCGACGACUUGGCGCCCGACAAGCCAGCGCCCGAUCUGCGCUCGCCGUGAUCCGCGCUGCACGCUGCGUCCGACACGACCUGCGCGCCCGACGGCCCGGACGCAACUGUGCUGCGAUGGACGCCCGCGCCGCUGCCCCACUGGCGCCCCGUGACGCAUAAGACUGUUUGAAUUGCAUUCGAAAUUCAGAUGUAAAUUCUUUUCGUUUGACAAUAAUUUUCUACGUACAGCGCUGGCUGGUCAUUAGUUUGAAAGUGGAAUGGGGCUAGUGUAAAUAUCGCAUUGGACUCGGCGAAGGUUGUAGUUGACUUUAAGUUUGGAUUCGCGCCCUAUCGGCCGGUGGUGUCCGUCGACGGUGACAUGAGCUUCGGCGUGCACUGUGACGGAAGUCAUCGGCCGAUAUGAUUUUUUUUUUCAUUUAUAGGUGAUACGAAAAGCAAUACUCCAAUGAUAAUUAUGUAAAAAUAUGAUGUUAUGGAAAAUAAAAACAACAUAUUAUAUUCUAAUAUUUUUAUAGAAUAUAAAUCGAGUAUGAUAUGAUCAAGCCUUCCAGUAAUUUAGUGAAAUAAAAAAAUAAAAUAUUAAUAAUAAUGCAGCUUAUAAAUUAUUGUUUUGCUGACCUAUAAGGCAGUUUGGAGUAUAUGAGAACAUAUGCUUCCGGUACUGGCGUCAAAACACGUUGCGAUUGACGAAAGUGUGAUAUUAUAAGUUGUUUUAGUUUCGUUGUUGUGUGUUUUGUAUUGAAAAAAAUUUUUUUUAGAAUAAGCGUAAAUACAUAGUACAGAGAUUUUUUUAACUUAUUGAACGAAUAUAUAAGAAAGACGAGCCUUGCUUAUGAUAUUAGUUUAGUUGUAUAAUUAGAAGCCGAGUGCUGAUCUAUAUUAUUGUUGCAUUUUCGAUCCGAAAUUUCAAUAACACAUUUAAAUAAAUGCGUUAAACUAAGGAUGAAAGAAAAUUAUAAAAUAUAAAUAUUUUAUUAGAACUCGUCUUGUUUUAUUGAUAUUUAUAUAAAAUGGAGAUCAAUUAGUUACAGCAUCGAACGAUCAGAAAGAUUAAAAAAUUUAUAAGAAAAUUAAAAUUAUAAGGUCGCCUUAUGUUGUCAAUUAUGAAAAUUCGAAUCGAAAGCAAUAAUAAUUGAUGUUUGUAGUUCGACAGUUGUCGAGGGACAUUUUAUAGGUGCCUUUUAUAAAGAAAUCGUAUAUAACUAACAUACUAGGGACUUGUAUAUUGUAGUUUUUUUUUUUAUAAUCCAUCCACUUAUACCUAUACCGUGGACUCAUUACGUAAAUCGAAAAUGAUAACGUAUUUUGUAGCCAAAGCGUUCAGCCAGUCGAACCGUUUGGUUGCAAAAUAUAAUCGAAUUUAUUUCUUUCAUUAAAUUAUUUAGCAAUCCGUGGCCAUACGUGAAAAGCUAGUCAUUAGAGUUACAAUGUAAAUUUAUUGUACUUAAAAUAAAGAAUAUUUACAUUAAAACCCUUACGUUUAUUAGUAAGGGAUGAAAACUAAAUUCGUGGCCAAAUUACACUUAAUGAGAUCCAAAUAUAUAUACACGAUUUUUUAAUAGAAUUAGAUUUAUAAGUGUGGUAUGAUUAAGUUGUAAUUUAAGUUUGGUAUUCACGAUUUAUGCGACUAUUCCAAUCGGAGAUGGAGUACAGAGUAAGAAACCUUUGAGUUACAUAAUCUAAAUUUUCCAUAUUCUACGAAAUGGUAGGGCUUUGUGCGAGCCCGUGGGUAUCUACCACCCACUCAUCAGAUAAUCCACCGUUAAACAUCAAUACUUAGUUUUGUUCUGUUCCGGUUUGAAGAGUGAGUAAGCCGGUGUAACUAUAGGCACAACAUAUAACGUCUCCAUUACCAAGGUUGGUGGCGCAUUGGCGAUGUAAGGAAUUUUUCAUAUUACUAAGCCAAUGUCUAUGGUGACUUAUUAACAUCAGGUGGCCCAUUUGCCCGUACGACUUCCUAUAACAUAAAAAAAAUACGAUUUCCUGAUAUGUCCUUAUUUAAAACACAACACUAUGCCACUUAUUAACUUAUAUCCACUUUAAUUUAAUUUCCAAAGUUGCAAUAACAAUUUUGUCGAUAUUCAAAACCAUUUUUUUCAAUACCAUAGACCAUUUCAGAUGUCGAUCAAUGAUAUCACUUCAAUUCGAGGUCAAAGUUAUUUAUCUCUUACUCCUCCCAUUGGGAUAGGCUAUAUGUAUUUAUAUGUCAUAUUUUAAAAGCUUGUUCUGCAAAACAAAAGAUUAUUAAAUACCAACGAGUUAUAAUUUAUACCAUUAAGUGAGAAAUAAUUUUUUUUUUUUUUGCAGAACAAAUAAUUAAAAUAUAAUUUAAAAUCGACAUCAUUUCAACGUUAUAUCGUAUGGUCUUUCAGUGUUUUCGUUUCUUAAAAACUUUAGUUGUCGUUCUUAAAUGGCGAGUAUAAGCCUAUUUGUUUUGAACAUUAAUUUCCGUUGAUAUAUCUAUAGAAUGUAUGUAGGGAAUAGAAUAGGUAACGUAGCAAUAAAUGACGAGCAAUAAAUUAAAUAAAAUAUUAUAAUAAAUACAGCUUUAGUGAAGCUAGAGAUUGGUACUGAUGUAAUUCAAUAAACAAACAAUCGACUCGCGAUAUUUUUUCUAUAGAUAAAACGCCAGAGAACCGAGUUCUAAGUAAAUUAAAUGUAAUAUUAAAGCGGUUUGGUACAAUUAAUACAUAGCUAUUUCACAGAAGAAAACUAUAGACAUAUAAAUAUAACUGCAAAUAUAGUACGACUAGACAGAAGGCGGAAAUUAGUCAAUUGCUAGCUAUAGACAUAAUUAGAGGAUAUAGUACAGAAAAAUUAAAUAGUAACGACACUAAGGCUUUUGAGUGCAUUCGGAUAACCAACACGAAUUCGUCGUAUUAUAACGCGAAGGCGACUUUGUAACGACGGCAAUAAAUAUGGUGACGAAUUUAAAAGCUAAUUGGUGCAGAAAAUUCUAGACUGUGAUUAAAUUGUUCAUUCUGGACGUGUCUUAUAUUGAAAUAGUCGUUUUGUAUGAUUGGCAGUGCACGGUCAGUGCUAUAAUGGAAAGAUAUUAUUGGUACAUAUUGUUAAUAGAAUGAGACAUGUUGUAUGAAAUGCAUUUGUUAUAAUUAUGACAAACAUAAGAAUUGUAAUCAAGUUUAAUAAUGAGAGGUGAAAAGUUUUUUAUUGACAGCGUCAGUAGAAUCAGUAGUGUUUUUUAUUAAUAGCUUUGCAAUAGUUGAUGUGAUUGCGACAGACGCGGAAUGUGAAAAAAAUAAUUAUUAAAAAAAAAACGAUGAAUCUUUAAAUAAUAAUAAAAUAAUUCACGCGUUUGUCGCAACAUAAUUUUUUUUUGACGUUUGAUUAGCACCAUUGUUACGAUAUGGAAUAAUAAUUGAAAGCCUAAACAUUAUGUGCCUUAGAUACAACAAUAUUGUAUAUUUAUGAUGCGUUCUAUACAACGUGCUAACUAGAAAUAAAUGAUUAUUGUUAUUUUAAAAAAAAAGCCUCGUCCUCGUAUCUUCGUUAUUAGAAUUGUUUUACGCGAAGGCUUGUCUAUGGAUCUCCUAUCGAUUUAUUUAUCCCAAACACGGCUAAUUUAAAAACAAGAUUUGAAGCUGCCUUUCUAUAGGUACUCGUUUCUAUCCUUCCGUGUAAUCCAGUCGGUGAUAUCUAUACUUCCAAAUUAACCCACAGCUGGGCAACCAAGUCUGGACAUUAAUUUCUAAUCCAGAGUUUAACUUUAAUCCUCAUCUAAUAAUUAUUAUACGGUUAAGUAAAGCUUUUACGCGUAGUUUCGCUGAUAUAUAAAUACUUCUAAUAUAUUAUAUAAUUUUAGUACUUACAUACAUUAUACCCACUUACUUACCCAUUAUGUAAUUUACUGGCAUGUGUAUCUUAAUCUACGCGGCGUUUCGAAUAGGCUCGCUAUUUCUUUGUGAGAAAUCUGUAGUUGACCCUUGAAUUCUGGCAUUGCUUCUUAAUAUUAUCUGUCGAUAAUUGAAACCGCAUCUAUUAUGUAAUUUAUGAUAUUCACACUUUAUAAUUUCAUCCUAAUAUAUUUAUAUAAAUUAAAAAAAAAUAAUGUAACUAAAAUCCGUCUUAUUAAGUUUCUUUGGAUUUCUGAAUUGGAAUAACAUACGUAACUAAAUUAUAAUUGUAAACAUAAUUAUUAACCAAUAGAGAAAUUAAUUCUAGUUACGAUUUUAUUAGUUCAUCGAAUUUGAUGUGCAAUUAUAAAUUAUUUAGCGAAUUUAUUAAUUAAUUUUUAGUAUUGACUGUGUCCAUGACCAUAAUUGUCUGUAAAUAUCUUCCGGAGUGUAUUUAUAUAAUUUUCUAUUUGUACAAUUAAAAUGUAGCAGACGAUUAAGAGUUACAAUUUUUGUCCUUACAUUAAUUUACAUGUUUUCGAUAGUUUUUUUUCUUUUUUUUUUUUUAAUUGUGUUUAAUCUGUCGUGUAAAUCAAAUGACGUGACGCCUUGACACAGACUGUGAAUUGUAAAAUAAUACCUGGAUAAUAAAAACGCGUCAUUUGAUUUACAAAUGAAUAUAAGCUAAAGAUAGACUUGUAAAAAUGUUAUAACAUGUAUUUUUAACCUAUACAUAGUAAGAUAUUUAUAGAAUUUUAGUCGUUUAAUUAUUUCGAACGACUUGUUAUAAAGAAAAUUGGUGCUUAAAGCUUAAACAAAAUAAGUACGGUACUCGUGUGCCGUGUGUGUAUUGUCAUGAGGGGUCGGAGCAUUUGACAUAGCAUGCGUUGUUAUGCUCGAAUUUGACGCGGAAUCACUUAUACAUAUAUAUUAAAAUUAAAUUUAGUGAUUGCUAAUUAAUAGUAAUUAACAGAACGCGAACGUUCUUUUUUUAAAUCUUAACUCUCGCACAAAAACAGACAUCGAAUUAUUUAUAAACAUUACAAUUACUUACAUUACAUUUAUAACAUAACAAUGUUACCACGUACAUAUAAUGCGUACAAAGGUUUUUUUUUAUGAUUGAUUAGUUAAUUUUAUUAGAUUAUUUAUAUGUAAUGAUUGUUGUUACAAUGAUAAAUGAUUUUGCGUUGAAUUAUGAGCAAUUAUAAUAAUGUAGGUAAACUUUGCUCAAUAACGAUGAAAACUGAAAGUGUUACAGUUGAUGCAAUACAAUGAAACAAAC